AUGGCGAUGGCCUUUUCGUUCACGCGUGACACGAAUGACACGAGAGGGUUCGAUGAAGUCCUAGCGACGGCUUUCCCUUUUCGAGAUUGUGGAUCGUGGGUGUGGGGUAGAUUGCCAUGGGGGCAGAUGUGGGUCAAAUGGGCAGGAACCGGAGCGGAAAAAUUGUUCCCGGCAGACGUCAUUCUCGGCCUCUCAAUUCGCGACCAAAUACGGACGAAGCCAACAGUUUUCCAUUCCGCUUUCUUCACGCAGAGCCUACCACAAUCUCUUUAUCGAUUUUAUCAAUCAUGGCUUUGCAUCGGCAUCAGUCAUCUUUAGAAAAGGUAUUGGACUUCUCGCAACCGUUCUCGCAACCGUUCUCGCUAACUCCUCAACAACGUCAAGCGGCAACAACCCUUUUCAGAUACCUGAUCCAGCAU